AUGGAGUGGUCGACACGAUCCUCCCAGAUCCAAGUCCAACCAGUUGAGAUGCCACAGAAGCCUUUCACACUCUGUUUCCUCGGCCACCGUACACAUCUCCCCCGGCCACUGUCCGAAGCCACCGAGAUCUUUGACACGGACAACGAGGACGAGGACGACUCAGGACCUCAACCGUGGGAUUCUCAAGAUGACGAUAGCCAGUCCACCUUGUCCAGCCGGGACGAGCUUCCCACGCCUCCUCACACGGGUGGUCUUGACGGCUUUGAAUUCCAUUUUGACGACAAGGCCGUGGUAGGACCCCAAGGGCCUCAUCUCUUCCAAAGCACUCCCGAGAUCUAUCCCAACAAUGAAGACGGUGUCUUCCUCAACAUGUCUCCAAUGGCGGCGACCGCUGAGCCGAAGACCCCCGCCAAGCCUAUCGUUGCUCUCAACACCGCGGUGGCCGAGCUCGACGAGUCCCAAGUCCGCGACUGGACCCCCCGACAAGUAGCUGACUGGAUGGCCGAAGCGGGCUUCGAGUCCAGCGUUGUCGAAAAGUUCCUCAUUCACGACAUCUCCGGCAGUGUCUUGAUUGAUCUUCAAUUCGAAGAUCUGAAGGAACUCGACAUCAGCUCCUUCGGCAAACGCCACAGAGUAAUGAGCUCCAUUCAUCAACUCCGCAAUAGCAGCAUGAUCUCGCUGGAAUCCCCUCUCUCCAGAACUCCCUCCAGAAACACCCGCAGCCCCCGAGCUCUCCAGCGAGCGGCUCGGCCCGAUGAAUGCCACGUGGUCAUUUCAGAUCGAUCUCGCUCUCGUCGACGAGCGCGACAACAACAGCAACCACAACAACAACAUGACGUCGUCACUCCGGCCGAGUCCAUCUCCAUUGUUGGAAUCGAACAGGUCCUUCCCAAGGAACACAAAUGCUCCAAGGGUGAGGACUGCCCGAAAUGGCAAAAACAACAACGAAAGAUCCUCCGAAUGCAACGUGCCUUCGAAGAGGAUGCCAUUGCCCAAGAGCAACAACGACCCGUCUCAGAAGCCCGGUCGGAGGCCCUUCCCUCCGUCGUCGGCUCCUCCGAUGUUCUCGGGCCUUCUUCCGUCAAGAUCACGGCCGAAAACCUGAGCGGAGUUCAGCCUCGUGAUCCUCAAGAGAGCGUACGACAAUUCCUCAACUUCCAACAUCUCCACGCCCCAUCUCAUUCUACCAACCCGUCCCCUCCCCCCGCUGCCUCGGCCUCAUAUGCCGCCAAGUCCGCUCACCUUGCCGAGCACCUUCGUGGUCUUCCCAAGCUCACCAUUCCCGUGAGCCAGAAGGAAGAUGAGAGUCCUUCCCGAACUCCCAUCUCGGCUCUCCAACAACCCACUCAAAUCCAAGCUCAACUCAAGGCUCAGCUUCAGCGUGACCCGUACCACUAUGGCGGCGUUGCCUCGCCAGCAGACAUUUACCGUCUUGACACCCCGAUGUCGGCGACCGACCUCCCUGUCACCGCCAUGGCCGUCGAUCCAUGCCAACGCGAUAUCUCCCAAUCCGUCCCACCGGAGAUGCGAUACGGAGCCGCUCCUGUCCCAGUUACCACGGCCACCACCAAUCCAGAGCCCCUCCAGCGUUGCGUGUCUACUCAACCCCCGGCCGCCCCACGCCGACACCAUACACGCCAACAAUCCUUUACCCCCUCCGUGGCUCCCGUCCAGGAGAAUGUAGACCACAACACCACUUCUUCCACCCAGCAAACUCCGCGCCCCAAAGCGGCUCGUGCUGUGACUGAAAUGGACCUUGCCAACCACCAAGGCUGGAUGCGCAAACGCAAGACGACUCGCAUGCUCCGCCACGAAUGGCAGGACAACUACUGCACGCUCGUCGGUAACAAGCUCACCAUGCACGAAAGCCACUAUGCCAACGCCAUGCCCAUCGAAGACCUCGACGUCGACGAAUACACAUUACACGCAUACUCUCAGGCCUCAAGUUCCAAACUUAGCGCUGCCUUCAAAAAGAGUCUCUUGGGCCAAGGAAAACUUACUGACGCCGAACAAUCAUUUGCAUUCUCCUUGGUCCCAGACACUGAAAAGGCUUCGAAUAAGAAACUCUUCGACAUCAAGAACAAAUCUCACCAUUUCGCCGUUGACUCCUCCAAGGAGCGCGUCGAGUGGAUGCGCAAACUCAUGCUGGCCAAGGCCAUGAAGAGGAAUGAUACCUACCAGAUCUAA